AAUGCCUUAGAUGUACAUAAAGGCAACUUUCACUAUUUUUUUUCUUUGCACAUUUCCAUUAGUUGUAAGUGCCUAAGAAUCAACUGGUUAAGAGCUGCCUUCAAAUCUUACUAAGGACUCACAUAUUCCAUGCACAAUGAGCCUCAUGUCUUGGAGUCAUCUGUUUCUCCUGUUCCUGCUCUGCCAUCAUGAAGUCCAUCGCGCUGCGUGCAAACCGAGGUGGAUGUCGGCACAGUUCCCCUGCGACGUCAGCGCCUAUAAUAACACAAAAGUCAAAUUUGACUGCAGAGGCCGGCAUCUGAAAGAAGUGCCAAGAGGAAUAACGCAUAAUGUGACUGAUCUUGACUUAUCAGAAAACUUUAUUAAGGCCAUUAAGGGGAAAGAUUUUUCCAAGAUGUCAAAUCUGACUUGGCUGAGACUUAGUUGGGCAAACAAGAACAGGAAUCUGACGAUUGGUAAAGAUUCUUUCAAAAACCUCACAAAGCUGAAGGAUCUGCAGCUAGCGGGUAAUUCUCUGAAAGAAAUACCAGCAAAUCUCCCAGUUAGUUUGAAAACCCUGCAGCUGCACAACAACAAGAUAUUGCUGCUGGAUAAGAGGGGACUUGCUAACUUAAAAAAUCUGACACAACUGUUCCUGUCGAAAAACUGCUACAUGUGGGACCCAUGUGGAAGUUCUGUUGAAAUCAAAGAUGAUGCUUUUGCUGACUUGACCUCACUGCGAGAUCUGGAUUUAUCCUUUAACAACUUAACCCAAGUUCCCAAAGGUUUACCAGAGUCUUUGAAAAUACUGUCUGUAGCUUCUAAUUGGAUACAGGAAAUACAUAAAGAUGAUUUCCAAAACCUGAACUCCUUACAGCAACUUGAGCUACAGGGAAAUUGCCCAAGAUGCCAAAACGCUCCAUAUCCCUGUGUCACUUGCAUUAACAUUUCUCUCACCAUCCAUCCCGACGCAUUUAAAAAUUUAACAAACCUUGAAAGUCUCAAUCUGGGAGGAAACUCGCUCAAGUUCCUAAAACCAUCCUGGUUUGAGAAGCUCCACAAACUACGAGAGCUAUUGCUUUCAUUUAACUUUUUGGUAACAGCAAUCACCCAAGAGGCAGCAUUCCUGCGAUACCUCCCCAGCCUUGAAAGAGUCGACUUGUCUUUUAACUUCGGCUUCAAGAGUUAUCCAAGGACUCUGAAUCUUUCUGACGAGUUUUCAAAUCUCACAUCAUUAAGAACUUUGCACCUGGAGGGCUUGGUCUUUCAAAACAUUGAACAAAGCACACUGAAACCUCUCUAUGGGCUUAAAAACUUGUCUGCACUGAAUUUGGGAACCAAUUUUAUUAUUCACUCUGAUUCCACUGUGUUUAGCAAAUUCCCAAAUUUAAAAAUGAUAUACCUCGCAGAAAACAGACUAUAUCCCAUUCCAGUGACACGUGCCCCAACCCCAAAAAAUGGAUUCAACCAGAGGUCACCACUUUUCUUUAAACCACUCACAAAACAUCCACAGCCUACAAGUUAUGAGAUAACACAUAGUUUUAUCAAACAGGAAUGUUUUGACUCUGGAAAAGUUCUCAUCCUCAGCUCUAAUAACCUGUUCUUUAUUUCUCCAAAGCAGUUUGAAGGAUUUGGAGAUAUUGCAUGUCUCAACCUCUCAGGAAAUGGAUUUUCAGCAGCACUUAAUGGUACAGAGUUCUCCUUACUGCCUAAUCUGACAUAUUUAGACCUGUCCUACAACAGGAUUGAUCUGGCUUUUGACAACGCCUUUAAAGAGUUAAGAAAAUUAAAAGUGCUCGACCUCAGUUACAAUCCACACUAUUUCAAAGCGUUUGGAGUCACGCUUAAUCUAAAUUUCUUAAAAAAUCUCCCUGACCUACAAGUGCUGAACAUGAGCCAUAACUCCAUUCGCACUUUAACAACUAAGCAGCUGCACAGCAAAUCAUUGACAGAACUACAGUUUGCAUAUAAUUCUCUUGGGGUUCUCUGGAAAGAAAAAGAUGGUUCGUACGCAAACCUUUUCACUCAUCUUCACAAUUUGACUAUUUUAGACAUAUCACACAAUAGAAUUGCUAAGAUCCCUGACAAUAUCUAUGAAGCCCUGCCUCGUAAUCUCACCAAACUCAGCAUUCAUCAUAACUUGCUGACAGACUUUUCUUGGGACAAACUGAAGUUUUUCCAUCAACUUCAGAUUUUAGACCUGGGCUUUAAUUCUUUAUCAUCUGUUGUUGGCAUCAAUUCAAACAUCUCGCAGUCUUUGUCUUUUCUUGAUCUGAGUCACAACCACAUUUUCCACCUGGAAAACGGAUUGUUCAAUGGUCCAAAAAGCCUCCACACUCUGAGCCUGAGCUUCAACAAACUGACUACGGUUAAUAUAUCCAGCCUCAUGGAAGGACCCGAGAACAACAUCAAGACUUUGUUCUUGAACAAAAAUCCGCUCCAGUGUAUUUGUGAUUCAUUAGAUUUCAUUUUAUGGAUUGAAAGCAGUCCUGUCAAGAUCCCAAGAUUGACAACUGCUGUGACCUGUGACACGCCAGAAAACCAAAAGGGCAAACCGCUGAUUUACUUUGACAUUGGACAGUGUGUAAAUGACAAUCAAGCAUUGCAAUUGUACGUCUUCACAACAUCUUUUAUUGUUGUUUUUAUGUUUUUGGCAACAGCCACUCAUUUAUUCUACUGGGACGCUUCGUACAUCACACACUAUUUGAAAGCUAAACUGAUGGGCUACAAGUCCCUGAACUCCUCAGACAAUGCUUAUGAUGUCUUUGUGACAUAUGACACUAAAGAUUCACAUGUAUCUGAAUGGGUGAUGAGGAACCUGCGGGUUAAGCUGGAGGAGGAUGGAGAAAAGCAUCUUCCUAUGUGUCUGGAGGAGAGAGACUGGCCCCCAGGAGUCCCGCUGGUAGACAACCUCACGCAGAGCAUUCAAUACAGCCGCAAGACCCUGUUUGUUUUGACAGAGGGCUACGUUAAGACAGGAAUCUUCAAGAUGGCGAUGUAUCUAGCACACCAGAGACUGCUGGAUGAAAAUGUUGAUGUGAUUGUGCUGCUCAUGCUAGAGCCAGUCCUGCAGCACUCUCAUUUCCUGCGCCUGAGGAAGAGGCUCUGUGGGAAAAGUGUAGUAGAGUGGCCGCGGACAGCAGCUGCUGAGCCCUGGUUCUGGCAAAACCUCAAAACUGUCAUUAGAGAAGAUAAUCAAGUGAUGUACAACAAAACAUAUUCAAAAUACUUUACCAAUGAGUAAAGCAGGUGAUUUUAAAAUGAAACUUUGUGAGAAACUGGGUUGAGAUUGCAAUUGUUCUCCACUGUAAUGUGCUCUUCAAUGUUUGUAAUUAAAAUUGAUUUGAUCACUCCAGUGAAAAAUGAUUGUAUAUAUGUAUUAAAAAUGGCUUGCCUUUACUUUUCUUUACACAUGUUGACACUGAAGAGUUUUGAAUUUUCCUGCUAUUUUUGAAUAAA